GAGUUGAACAACGUGUGCUACUGUAGGGUGAAGAAAUCGCCUCUUGCUCCCACUAAAGCAAACACUAGUGGUUGAGAGGCAGCUCCUGCAACACAUCAUGUCGCAAACCAUUUCAUUAAAACCAGUUGGUCCUGCUCAUCUGUGCUGUCAUAAAUACGGAAGUGUCUGAAGACAGGAACAUCAAGCUCACGAACGCUCACUUCUCAAGGAGACUAUUAGAAGAGGAAACAUGGCACGUUAUGGAGACAUCAUGAAGGUUCCAACUACUGGAGCGUCGCUGCAAACUGCUAAGCAGGACAAGCUGACCUACGCAGGUGAGAAGGCGUCACAUACCCUGGCACAGACGGAUAAGAACAGAAUGGAAAAGUACAGGUCUAAAAUCAACACAGUGGGAGCAAAGUAUGGAAUCGAUCCAGCUCUCAUUGCUGCCAUCAUCUCCAGAGAGACCAGGGCUGGAAAUUGCUUACAAGGAGGCUGGGGAGACGGCGGCAAUGCCUGGGGACUGAUGCAGGUUGACGUCAAUCCAAAUGGAGGUGGACACACUAAACGCGGUGACUGGGACAGUGAGGAACAUCUCUCCCAAGCCGCAGAGAUCUUGGUUCAUUUUAUCGGACGCAUCCGCAACAAAUUUCCCAGCUGGAGCGCAGAGCAGCAGCUCAAAGGUGGGAUAGCUGCCUACAACAUGGGAGAUGGAAACGUCCAUUCCUAUGAUCAAGUUGAUGCCAACACGACAGGAAGAGACUACUCCAAUGACGUUGUGGCCAGAGCGCAGUGGUACAAAAACAAUGCAGGCUUUUGAAACCUGGAACAUUGCUCAACAGAAAUAUCCCCAAAAAAUCAAAAUCUACCACAUGUUCUGUGUUAAAGCCUGAGAGAAAUAAACAUAACGCAAAGUAAGCAAACCAUCUUGAUGUGCUGAUGUGAUUGUCUUUAGUUUUAAUGACCUGAAACUUUUAUUUUCAUUGGCUUUGUUUUAUCAAAUUGGUGUUGUGGUAUUCGUUUGUGCUUUGUGGUGAGUCACACCCUGAGUUGUCAUGUCCCACUCACUGUUUAAUUAUGUAGACAACUGCAGAAAAUAAUCUCCUCAACUUGUUGGACACUUUUCUUUGUAAAGCAUUAAAGACCUGAGAACAUUGA